UGUUCCAUUAUUAGUUUAUUGUGUAAUAUAUUUCAUAUUAACCGAGUUAACUGUCGGUCUUAACAUGUCAGCUGGAUUGUUUUUGCCUUCAUUAUUGAUUGGAGCUGCUUGGGGACGUAUUGCAAGCAUAGUUAUUCAUUAUUAUUCUCCUGGUACUAUUGGAAGCGACCCAGGAAAAUACGCGUUACUCGGUGCUGCAGCACAAUUAGGAGGAAUCGUCAGAACUACUAUAAGUCUGACAGUUGUUUUUAUUGAAGCCACAGGAAAUGUUCAGUUCUUGUUACCGCUGAUGAUAACUUUAUUCACAGCUAAAUGGACUGGUGAUUUUUUUACAGAUGGUAUUUAUGAAAUGCAGAUUAAGCUGUCUGGUGUUCCUUUAUUGGUAAGCGAACCACCGCCUUUAACUAGUGACAUAACGACAGAAGAUUUUAUGAAUGAUGCAGUCUGUGCAAUACCUCAUAUACUAAUGGUCGGAAAAUUAGUAGAUAUAUUGAACAACACUAAACACAACGGGUUUCCCGUAGUAGCAUCAAAAGUUUGCUUCUGCCGGACAAGGAAUAUAGAGCAUAAAUGUUAUGGCUUACUUAAAGGAUUUAUUCUUCGAUCUCAGUUAAACGUCAUCCUUGAGCACAAUUUAUAUCUCACUCCUUUGCAUGAUGAAAAUUAUUGUACAAAACUGGAGCUCCUUAGAAAGUCAACGUAUACUUGUCAUAACACUCAGCCGUUCCAGAGAUUAAAAGUUGAUGAAGAUAAAAGAAGUAUUGUUAUUGACCUGCGACCAUAUAUGAAUUCAGCACCAUAUAUUGUGAGAUUAGAAACAAGUUUGCCAAGGACUUUUAGAUUGUUUCGUACUCUGGGAUUGCGGCACAUUGUUGUUAUCAACAACACUAACGAGGUGGUCGGUAUCAUAACUCGAAAGGACUUGGCAAAAUUUCGGCUUUGGAGAAAAGCCGUCACAAUGGGGCUGAAAGAGGUCAAUGUUUAUUAAAAUAUGAAAUACAAUAUAUUAUUA